CGAUUGUCUAAUGUCUACUCUACUCUAGUCUGUUAUGAUCUAACAUCAAAUAUUUAAUCUAACCAUACCAAAAUUUGACAAAAGUUGCAAUUAUAAAUAUUUACAAUAUUAUUCUCCAAUUUCAAUUAGUCCAUAAAUUGAAGAAUAAUAUGUGAUCUUCGAACUUCCAAUGGCGACAUCUGACUCUUUUGAAAAUGAACCCCAUUCUUGUGCCCGUGAAAUCGAUCCCAGUGAGGUUGAAUUGCUAGAGGUUGUGGGUGAAGGUAGUUUUGGAGUUGUACAUCGGGGUAUAUGGAACAACACCCAUGUAGCCAUAAAAAAUAUAACAAGAGAUGCCGAGAAGAAAGCCUUUCUAAUUGAAGUUCGACAGUUGUCUAGAGUAGAACAUGAAAACAUAGUAAAGCUUUAUGGUGCUUGUACAAGAGGACAACACUUUUUUCUUGUUAUGGAAUAUGCAGAGGGAGGCUCACUAUUUAAUGUGCUUCAUAAAUCUGCUUUAGGCUAUACCAUGGCUCACGCUAUGUCCUGGGCUUGUCAAUGUGCUAGGGGAGUUGCAUAUCUUCACGGAAUGAAACCAAAGCCUCUGAUACAUAGAGAUUUAAAGCCCCCUAAUCUUCUUUUAAUAAGUGGAGGCGUACAUUUAAAAAUAUGUGAUUUUGGUACUGCAGCAGAUAAAAAUACUUAUAUGACAAAUAAUAAGGGGUCUGCUGCUUGGAUGGCACCUGAAGUUUUCUCAACUUCUCGAUAUACAGAGAAAUGUGAUGUAUUUAGUUGGGGCAUUAUUUUAUGGGAGGUGAUAGCAAGGAGGAAACCUUUUUAUAACCAGAGCAGCUCUGCUUUCAGUAUAAUGUGGGCAGUACACAAAGGCAAGAGACCUCCAUUGAUAAGGAAUUGUCCACCUUGUAUUGAAAAACUGAUGGUGGAGAGCUGGCAUCAUAUUCCUGAUAAUAGGCCGAGUAUGGAACAGAUUGUUUGCAAAAUGGAAAAUAUCUGCCGACUUUUGCCAGGAGCCGACCAACCAAUUCAGGCAACAGAGUAUUGCUACGAAGACGAAUUUGAAGAAGAGGAAGAAGAAAUAGAAGAAAUUUUCAAUGACGCGCACUCCACAAGUGAGAACGUCGUGAAGACAUUACCACAACCUGUUGGGGAUCAAUCUUUAAAAAUUGACAUACCAAAUUCUUGGGAGCUAGAAAACAGUGAUGAUCUGAUUGGUUAUGAAAUUCAGACAAGGCCAGGUCUGGAUGAAUGUGUAAGGAAAGAACGUUCACAAAACACAGUGACAAUAGGUAGCACAUCAGAGAUUUUACAUAACACCCAAGACUUAAACGAUGACAUUUUGCUUAGUACGCUAGAUCCAGAACUGAGGCCAGCUACUCCAGACACCAAUGAUCCAAAAUCCAUGGAUGUUUAUGAGGAACAUAAAAAGUUAGCUAAGGAAUAUUUAAAGAUGCAAACCGAGCUAGUUUAUCUUACUCAGCGAAGGUCCGAACUACUUCAGCAGGAGGCAGAGGAUGAAAGGCGGCAGCGUACCUUACGCAAACUUCAAGAAGAAAAAGAAGAGAUGCGUAUGCUUAGGGACUGUUUGCAGCAACAACGCGAAGAAAACAUGGAACAACCCGCCGUGGCUAGGAACUCUGGUGAUGGCUGGGUUAUAGUGCCUAGGAAUGACAGACUGAAUCAAUAAUAUCGAAAUGAUGUAUUUUAACCUUGUGACAUAAUUGGAUUGUAUAUACUGGGUGAGGCGAUGUACAGUACAAAAAAAUCUCAUCUUUGUACCAGAUAACAUACUGAGAUUCCGUUAAGUUAUGGUAGGAUUAAUAGGGUCCACUUUCUAUUAUUUGUCUUCUAGAUAAUACUAAUGUAGCAAUGUGCAACUGAGAGUGAAAUAUGUUUAAAGUUUUUUCUUUAACCUAUUUUCUUAAUCUGUAAUAUAAGUACUAUUUUAACAUUAACAUGUUUUUGAAGGGCAUUUAUUUAUUUUUGCUGUUUGUAUCGAAGUUUUACCAUCCUGGGAUGCAGUUUGAAAAUUUCUCUAUGCACUUCAAAACAGACUCAGAUUUUAUUAUAAAAUUAUUUUUUUAA